AUGCCUUCUCCGGAGUCCACAGGAGAAGGCGAGCAUAAUGCCCCUAGGGCGAAACGCUGGAAAUCUAAUGCGAGCAGUAUCACUGAUCCGAAGGGCGCAAACACUGCCGUGUCCACUCCUGGCCGUCUGGCAUGCGAUAUCUGCAGAGAAAGCAACUCAAUUGUGCAGGGAAAGUCCGCUGUGACCGGGCAGACCCACAGUGCGGACGAUGUGGGCGGCUUGGUUACGAGUGUAGCUAUCAGGGCCGGAAGCGACAUCGUGUGGCCCAAGCUGACCUUCCUCGCCAGCUAUCGGAGCUUCGAGAGAGACUUGCCACAGCCCAUACAGUGGGAACUUACGGAGGACCCUGUAGUUUUCCAUGAUAACAACAACCCCGGGCCCAUGCAAAUUGACUACGGAAACGAAGGCUUCGAUUUACUCGCUAACCUUACCAAUGACAUACCGGAUUUCUGGGACUACUCAGGGCUAGAUCUAUCCGCUCCCAUACCGCUCGUGGAGGACGCCGGUGAAUUGCCGCAGCUGCUAGAUCUACUGAGCACCCCGUAUUCAAACGCUUCCUCGCAGCCCCAGUCAGAAUUCGGAAUAUAUACCUCUCCCAUUGACAAACACUGGGUAGAGAAGGAGAUAUCUACACAGGAUAUGGCAACAUUACAUUAUAAUUUCUUCGAGUACUACUACCCUGUCCUACCGAUCCUAAGCCAAUCCCGCUUCAGGACAGAACGGAAAAACAACUCAGCAUCCCUACCGAUACAGGCUUUAUCCUAUGGUGUUGCUCUCAUUGGAACUACCGUGUCCAGUAGAUUCAAUCAUUUACAGCAAGUCUGCUAUACCGCUGCGCGCAAGUACGUUGAGCUCUGUGAGAGAGACGAGGAUGAGACCCUUUUUAUGAAUUUAAAUACUUUUCAGGCCCUUGUACUCAUUAUUCGAUACGAACUGACCAAAAGCCAUCUGACUCGUGCGUGGAUGACCCUUGGAAGGGCAAUCGCAUUAGCAGGCUUACUGAACCUGCAUGAGCUAGACAGUGAGGCUUCUAGAAUAGUUAGCAGAUUUCAGCACAGUUCUACUAGUUCACCGUCUAGCCUCGAAGCUCCCACAUCGUCUACUAGAAAGUCUAUACAGCUAGAGGAAAUGAGGCGGUCGUUUUGGGCACUUUAUGUGUUUGAGGGCUAUGCGAGUGUCCGAAUGAAUAAGGCCUGUCUCUUGGACGAAGAUAACUUACAAAUCCGCCUGCCCUCCCCUGGACAGUUAACGGAUGAUUUCGUCCCUUCGCCAACAAUACCCUUCUUAAGUAACCCGGAACGGCUACGUGCGAUGAUACACCUCGUUUCGCCAUUCUCUGCUGUCGUUAUCAUGGUAAAAUUAGCCCGCCGGAGUUACAAACAUGUCUAUAUACUAUCUAUCAGACCUACCGACGAAGGAUUUUGGGACCGGCACUAUCGCUUAGUGAAAAUGAUUAGUGACUAUACCGCAAUAUUCCAAGACCACCUGAGUGCUACGGCAGUACGUGAGGAUCCUCUGGCAUUUUCAUUACAUACAAACCUUUGCGCUACACACAUAUACUUGCAUGAGGCUGCCAUCCAAAAGGUUGAAGACCAGGAGCUGCCUAAACUUGUGGCAGCAGAGAGCAAAAAAUGUUCAACUGCCGCAGCGCUCAAGAUUCUGAGCGCUAUACGCAUGAACUGGCCCACGCAGAGAUCGGAGAGAGACUUCUUUACCCUUCAAGCAACUUUUCUUGGCCAUCCUCUAGCUACAAGCAUGAAAGCACUCACCCGCUGCCUACAAGAAUCGGGCGAUACCACUUCUAUCAACAUUGUGGAUUCUCUACGGUUGCUACGUGCCGCUCUAGACCAGGUUGAAGAGCCUGAAGGGUAUUGGCACGUAACUAGUUUGGCGGCAUCCACAACUUUGGAGAAAUGGGAUAAGAAGCAGGGAGGUUCCAACACUGGAAGAUGA